GUGUUGUUCGUGUCCUUUUGCCACGCUUAAGAUUAGUACACACAACACAAAGAGAGAACAACCUAAGACACACACUCACACACAAAAAAAAUCAUAUCAUGGCUAGCAGCAACAUGGCAUCAGCAGCAUCUGGGUUUGUGUUGUCCCUUAAUGUUGCAGGUGCCACCACAAACGCAUCACCUUCAAGGGUCACCAUGUUCCCCCCAAAGAACAACAACGGUUCUAAGCUUGUUGUGAGGGCAUCAGAAGAGGCUGCACCCGCAACUGCCACACCCCCAGCUGAAGGUGAGGCUGCUCCUAAACCAAAGCCACCUCCAAUUGGCCCCAAGAGAGGUACUAAGGUGAAGAUUCUUAGGAAGGAAUCCUACUGGUACAAAGGCACUGGUUCAGUGGUUGCUGUUGAUCAGGACCCAAAGACUCGCUACCCUGUUGUGGUUCGAUUCAACAAAGUCAACUAUGCCAAUGUAUCAACAAACAACUAUGCUUUGGAUGAGAUCGAGGAAGUAGAAUGAGUCCAAUUUAAUUGUAAUUUUGAUUCCUGUCAUGCUGUCGCAGUUACUAGCCUAAGAUUUUCUCAUGUCAUAAAAAAAGAAUCUGUAUCAUAUUCUCUCUGAUAUCUACCCCCUUCAUCUCUAUUCUCUAUGAACUACAUUCUGUGUGCAGUUGCUCAUAAUCUUCUACUACCCCGCUUCUUAUUUUAUUCAAA